UAAUUCUAGAUUUAAAUUUGAUCUUGUGAGUCCUUAAAUGCCCCCAAAUCCUUCUUGUGUUCCAUGUGGGUUUGUGCUACAGCUACACUGCCAUCAAGUGUUUAAAGUGGGAACAGGAUUCUUUCGCAAUCACAGGAUAUAAUCAAAGGUUGGCUAUUGAAUUUUACAAUGCAUUGCAAGUCUUCGUCCAAAUCACUGAAAACUGGAAAAUGUUGGAGGAGCCGUCACAUUUUACACAAAACACUCUGUGUUCAUUUCUGCUUCACGGGACUCUGAAACAAAUACUUUAUUUCCACACUUUUUGCAUUCUAAAUGAAUCCACAAGAAGCACAUUGCAGAGAUAAGCUUGCAUGGAUUCUGUUGUUUUUAUACUUUCUGACUGAAUCCAUGUUGGAUGCAUUUAGAUUCAUAUUAAAAGACAUGCUAGACCUUCAGGAAAGCGCCCCCUCCUUUUCUAACCCCCCGCUCGUUCCACUACCAAGAAUUGCAGUGAGGAGGAACCAGCAGCAGCAGGUCCUGUGUCCUAUGACUGUAUCCUUCGAUGGGAGUUGAAGUGUGCAGAGCUGCUUUGCCGUCUGACAGGCUGUGUACUCGUGAACUGCAUCUCCCAUGAGUCACCCAGCAUCACUAAUUCUAUUUGGGGUUCACAUGGUUCAGGGGAGGUUGUGAAACUCUUGCACCUGACAGGACUGCUCAUCACCUACAGACUGAUGCAAAGCUAUUCCUCAUGAGGUAGCAGAAAAGACACAGCGUUCAUUUCUCUACAGAAUAAGCACAGCUUCCUAUUACCAUGGAUAAACAGUCCGCGGUGGUGUUUCGAAAUGUGGGACAGCUCUACUUCCCCCAGACCAGAGUGGAGUGUCACUACAGCCUGAGCUCAGACCAUCAGUGGAGCAGCAGUGACUGGAUUGGUAUUUUUGAGAUGGGCUGGUCUUCAGUUAAACAGUAUUACACGUACACAUGGGCUCUAGUUCCUGAAGGUUACACUGAGGGAACCAGUGUCGACUUCUGUGCACUUUUCCACGCAUCCUACCUGCCCCGGCCCAGUGCCGUGGAGUACCAGUUUGUAUAUGUGGACAGGAUGGGGGAGGUUCGUGCCCGCAGUCGUCCCUUCACUUUCUGUGCUCCCAAACCGCUGGAUGAGCUGGAGACUCUGAAGGAAGAGCAAGAUGAGGAGGGAGAGGAAGAGCUGCUCCUGGUCAUCCCCAGGGCUGAGCUGCUGCAGAGUCGACUGGAGGAGUGCUUGAAAAAGCAGGCGGAUUUACAGCGAGCUCUGGAUGCAGCAAAAAAAGAGGCAGAGAACGAGAAAGUAGACAGCAAAGAAGCAAGAAUGGACUGGGAGUGUGAAAGAGAAGCAAUGAAGGCGGAGAUCACUGAGCUCAGAGAUAAUCUGAGACACGACCGUGAGCUGCUGAAGAACAUGGAGGGAAAACACAAGGACGUAAAAUACAAUCAGGAAAAUCUGAACUCCGAGCUGAGCAAACUUAUGACUGAAAAGGCUGAGAGUCUGCAGCAAAUCAAAGACCUGGAGGAUGACAUCAGAGUUCUGACUGACAGAGAGAAAGAAGGAAACAAUGAACUGGAAAGACUGAAAGAGAGAGUGAGGAAAAUGUCCAGUCAAAUGAAGCAUGACGAGGAAAAGAGAAAGUCUCUGCAGGUGGAGAACGAGGCUGCUGUGGCGGAGCUGCGAGGGCUGCAGGACCGUGUGGAGACCAGUGAACAUAUAGCUGAGAACCUCCGUAGGGAGCUGAGGGAGCUGGGCACCCGACAGGGCAGCACCCACGCUGAGCUGCACCAAGCCCGGCUGCAGGUGGCCCAGCUGACCCUGCUGCUGUCUGAGGAGAACCUGGUCCUCAGGGAGGAGAGGGCCAACUGGGCUUUAGAGAGAGAGGCUAACAAACAUGCAGCAGAAAGUGAGAAGAAGAAAUUACAAGAUCUGAGCUGUGAGGUGCAGAGAAAAGAAGAGUGGCUGCAGGAGGAGAGGACAGAGAGAGAGACACUAGAAGCAGAGCUCGGGGAAGAGAAAGAUUACAAUAAAGUGCUGCUGAGAGAGCUGCAGGAGCUGAAGGCCAGUCUGAGAAAAAUCCAGAAGGAAAGAGAGGAGGAGCAACUAAACAAACAGCAGGACCUGGUGAGCUACAUUCAUCAGUUAGAGCAGAGGUUGGAGACUGUGCCAGAAACUAGAUCAAAUAUCGCAGUUUCUACAUGUAUCUCUUCUGACUCGUCCUCUGAGGAUGACAUCGAUGAAUCUUCAAUCUGUGAGGAUCCACCAGCCUCUGACACACAGGAUGAGAAGAGGCAGGACUGUGACACUAGAGCUGAUGAAAGGAAGGAACUGAUCCUAAAAGACCACGUCAACCCCGUCCUGAGUGAUCUGGCUGACGCCCCCAUGUGGUAACACAAGGAAGAACCGAUAGACAGUCAGGUCGCUGUUAUCUCUACAAAGAUAAUCAAUGUGUGUCUUCAGGAAGCUUGUGACAUUUUGGGAGAAUUCUCCCAUUUUGUUGUUUUGUUAAAAUUAGGUGCCUGUUUUCAAAGAAAAUGUGGCAAAGUUUGAAAGUGUCCAGAUUUGUGUUUAAUGCAGGGGUGGGGGGGUGCAACAGAUAUUUUUGUGGGGGGCACUGAAAAGUUGUAAGAAAAAAUGAAAGCCGCUACUGACCUCUCACUUUUAAAAAGUAUUUUUCAUGUUUUUUUUUUUUUUGUUCUUUAACCCAAUAGGAAAGCUGUAUAUGACCUUUUCAUUUUGGACUGUUAACAUUCAAAUUAUGAUGGACUUGUUUCCUUGUUUAUGUGAAUUACAGCAUCAUUAGCUCCAACAAUAAAAUACAGUAAGUAGCACUCUGUACAUUUAAUAGUAAACCUGAGAACAAUAAACAGUAACAAUACUCCAUAUUCUUAAAUCAAAUACAAUAAAAUACAAUAAGCAACACUCUAUACAUUUAACAAUAAACCAGAGAACAAUAAUAAACAGUAGCAAUAUUCCAUAUUCUAAAGUCAUUUAAUAGUGCACAGCUCAGCAAACAUUAGUGUUCUGAAAAUCACAAAAAGCUGCUCUCAAUAAUCUUUCACAGUGAGCAGAUGUUCUUGUGUUGCAGAUACAUGGUCCAGACGUGGCCGUUGAACAGGCCGGGGGGUCUGGCACCGUCUACUUCCUUGAGCACCUCCUCUUUUUACAUUCUUCAUAUGGGAUGGAAAUAAAAUAACGUUGAUUUAGCACGUCGAUCAAAGGCCUGUAGGUGCAAAGCAGGAAGCCCUCCACAAUGAGGAUGUGAGUCUCCUCCUCCUCCUUGUGGUCCGACUUCGGGAUGAUCUCUGUGUCCAGGGUGUUAUUAACGCCAUGAGACUUCUCAAACUUCACCGGGUUCUCCAGCCACGUGUAGAUCCUAUUCAUCAUGGCGUCCAUGUCCAGAGCAGUGAUGACAUUGUACUGCUUAAAGCCAUCUUCACCAACUUCAAUCUGAUCUUGGUUCUUGAAGAAGUCAUCCUGAUGGACCACACAGCAGUUGGGCAGGUUCUUGAUCAGGUGGUUGGUGAAGGUGGUUUUCCCUCCAUUGGUUACGCUGCCGAUGCCGUUGAUGUACUUCAUGUUCUCAGACUGGUCAAAGCUGUCGUCCAAAAAACAUCAUAUUGUACCCGACUUUUACAUAAUAUUUAUUGUCUGUGAUUGUGAGACUAAAUUCCUCCACAUUCUGGAACUUUACCUGCAGAAGCUGUAGGAAUAAAUAAAAAUAAAAUCUGUUCAUUUCCA